AUGAUUAACCAGGAACUGGUUAAUCAUGCUCUAAGAUUGUCCCUUCUUCUCUGUGGAAUAAUUCAGUUAGGGUUUUGCAGAUCAGAAGAGAAAAGCCUCCAGAAGACGAUGAUGAUGCUAGGAGGCGUUCAUAAUCUCCGAGGAAACCAGAACAGUGGAGUGAUCGAGAGUCUCGCUCGAUUUGCCAUACAAGAGCAUAACAACAGAGAGAACAAGGUUCUUGAGUUCAAGAAGAUUGUUAAGGCAAGAGAACAAGUAGUUGCAGGAAAGAUGUACCACUUAACCCUAGAAGCAAACGAAGGUGGCAAGACUAAGAACUUCGAAGCCAAAGUCUGGGUGAAGCCAUGGAUGAACUUCAAGCAGUUGCAAGAGUUUAAGGAGUCCUCCUCUUGAAGUUCCCUUCUUCAAAGGUAAUUCAAAUGUUUCUGUUAAUUCUCUAGAAUAAAUAAGCCUAAGAUAGCUUUGUUCCAGACCAGUGUGUGCAUAAGAAGAAACCUGAAGUUAAUGUAAAUAUGUAAUAAAAAAAAAACUUGUUCUGUUUUCAUGAAAUUUGCUUUAUGUAUAUGGCUUGUCUGUUUAUUCAUUAGGCAUUCGGUUCGGAUCGGGUUU